AUGGGGAGGGGAACGAAGCUGGAGAUCUUUGGGGCACAGGCCGUCUUCCCUGCGGGUGGAAGAUGUGACAGGCAGGACCAGCUGGACCGGCCCCCAGCCUCUGGCAGGCGCACCACAGGCUCGCUGGGCUGGAGAACUUUGCGAAGCGCCCCAAACGGCUCCCAGCUUCCACUCUCAGCCAUUUCUCUCCUUAGCUCACAAAGAGCAGGGACGGAGCAAACCGUCGCCACCUGCAGCCAGAUCCCGGGGCGCUGCUUUCUGGCACCCGGCAGGGGAAGGCAGGCCAAUGGCAAGAGGGCAGAGGUUCACACCCCCACCCCCAAACCUCUCAGCGCCUGGGUGCCCAGAGGUAGCUCCACAGCCGAGGGAACCGACGCCCCCAGGCCCGCUGCCUGCUCCCCCACGGCCCCGGCCCCACCCCCAAUCCUUCCGGCGCCCCAGCGCCCACCCACCCGGGCGCGGGAGUGGGAGGGUGCCGCGUGGGCAGCCGGAGCAACAGGCGUGGGAGCAGCGCUCCUCGCACUUGCUGGCUCCGGAAGGCUCGGUCGCUUCCCUCUUACCUGCGCCGAAGCCAGCCCCAGGCCCCGCGCCCCGCGCGUGCGAGGAAGCUGCGGCCGGGGGCCGCCGAGGCGCAGAGCGCCCAGCAGCGCGGGGAAGCGCCCAGCAGCCGCCGCUCGGGCGGCUCCUCCUCGCCGGCGAAGUCUCGCUCGUCCCUCCCUCACUCGUGAGGUGAAGCUGGUCGCCGCGCAAGCUUCCAGGCUGACCCUGGACUGUCAGCUGCGUGUGUCAAAGCUGGAAAGGUCUCAGAGGGGUCAAACUGCCUUUACCUUCACGGAAGAGCCGCUAUCCUCCAGGAGUGAGAGAGGUCAUGACCAGACAGCCAGGAUUUGCUCCAGUCCUCUACCACGAGUGUCCAGAAUUAAGACUGAGGAUUUGGGAAUGUGAACUCUCACUUCCCUAUCUUCCCAGAGACGGCCCAGGCCUUCAGACCUUUCCAGAAGCCCAAAGAUCCCUAUUGCUUAGUACUUCGACCCAGGAUGGGAAGUGGGAGAUGGACGGGCGUCCAUGGGGCUUAGUGUCCAGCCAGGAGUCCCAUGGUCACCAGAGCCGCACGUGUAGAGCACAGCUCGGGCUGCUGAGCCAAGCGGUCUCCGGCUUUCCCUGUGUCUCUUAGCCUGGGUGCUGGGAAUCCCGGGGCCUGGAGAUCGCGAAGCAGGCAGCUUCAUGCCUCUGCGGGAACCUGAACACUCUGGCUUCAGAGAUUGCAGUUCUGAAAUGUGGAGAGGUGUAUGCUGAGACACAAAUGGAGAGAAAUGCAAAAUGUGCGGAAGGGUGAGGGUGUACUUGGCAGGGCAUGUCUUUAACUGUGACUGGAAAAAGACCUUCCUGAGUCCAGAACAGGGUUUCUGGCUUGUGGCAAACCGAACCCGCCCCCGAAGCACAGGGUGAGGACUAGUUUUUGAGGUCUCAGCUACUCUGGGCCUCUAGGAGCUUGUCGCUUCUAUAGGCUCACUUACCCUAACCAAGGCUUCCUUAAAUGUGCCAGUCUGAAAGGUGCACAAUUGGCCCUUCAAGAGGUGGGCGUGGACCCCAUUAGCAUUUGCCAAGAGUCCUAGAACCCUGUGGGAUUUGCAUACUAAUUUGCAUACAGUAAUAAUGAUUAACAACACUGCCACUCCCUGGCCAACCCAGGAAGAAUUCAGGGAAGGCCCUGGCAGGGAUUCUCCCUCCCUCCUCUCCUUGGGGAAGAGUUUUUGAUGUUGGGUUUUGUUUUAGACUUUUAAUUAAUUUUUUUACAGUUGCUGUAACCCCUAAGAGAAGAUACCCUGUCUCUGGGUGGUCUGGCCCCAAUAGGGACACUUCCUUUGGUCCUCCAUCUCCUGCUCAACUUGGGGCGGGGGAAAUUCAAGUUUUUAUUUCUGCCUAGGUUAGGAUUUCCUGAACAUUCUUGCCAUUGUUCUGCAGUGUGACCAUAGUUCAGGGAUCAAGUCUCCCAAACUGUCAGGGACCAAAUGGUCACCUGGGACACCAGCAGACUCUUGGAGUGGUCUAUUAAUGAGACACGUUGUGCCCUGCCUCCGGGGCUUUGUAAGCCCUACUUGAAGCCAGGACACUCAUUCAGACACCCUGCCCCAGUCCCUCCAAUCCUGUCCCUUGAUGCUCAGACUUGGUAGUUAGUCUAAGUGAAGUGUCUGUGAACCGCUCUCCUUUUUGCCUCCAAUAUCGGGAGAAAAGUAAGAGAGACUUGGAUUUCUAGUUCAGGCCAGCGUGGAUUUUGUUUACAGACGAUAAGGAAAAUGGACCAAGUAAGAGGAGAAAGGAGGUACCUGGAUCCAAGACAUUGUCUGGAAGAGACACUAUCCAGGAGACACUGGCACUCACUUACCCUCCAUCCCUUCCUGGAAUCUCCCAGGCUUUGCCUGUUGGCUCCUUCCCCCUCUGCCUCUGGCCCAGCCUGGCCGGGAUUUUUCAUUUGCUUUUCCCCCAUGACACGGCCGCUUUUCCUUUAACUCUCGGCUUCUAUUUAAAAAGCUAAUUUGGGAGCUUGUCGAUGCUCCCAAUUCAGACAUUUUAAAUAGGAACUGAAAGUCAGGAGCUGCCAGGGCACUAGGUUUCCUCCUCUCACCACUGGCACUGCUGAAGUGUUGGUUCAGUCACUCUGGCCCCAGUGUGUGUGUGUGUGUGUGUGUGUGUGUGUGUGUGUGUGUGUGUGAGAAUGCCCUGCAAGCUCAGGGUGUAUUUCAGGUUAUCUUUUCUAUUUAAAGACAAUGCUCCUAUGGAAGACUCUGAGUGUGUGUGUGUGUGUGUGUGUGUGUGUGUGUGUGUGUGUGUGUGUGUGUGUGUCCUUUCCAAGCUGUGCACACAUGAGGAUUCUUCGCUAGUCCUGAGCCUCUGGCCACUAUUUGCAGAGCUUGUCACCAUGUGGACUGGGAGAGGAGAGCAGCGUAGCUCAGAGUCCGCUUUGUCUUGGCUGACAUGCCAGGCUGGUGUUGUCUGGGCAGCUCUUUGCAGCUUGUCUGAGCUUCCUAAAGGGUCGCUCUCACCCCCAUUCCUUGUGGCUGUCCUACUUCGGUUCUUUGACCCAUGCUGGGCAAACAUUUCGGAGUUGGGACUCUUCUGAGGGUUGCAAGCUUUCUACA